UCUUUCUUUUCAAUCAUUUUCCCACUAAACAAACAAAAAUUCCAUUUUUUUUUCUUUGGUUUUUGCAAUACACCGCCAUGAAUGCUCGCUCUUUAGCUUUAACACUUCUCACACUUCUACUCUCAAUGCUUCUAUCAACUGGAGUUCAUAAAUCACAAGCCGCUGCUCGUUCCGUUCCAGAGCCUCACCCUUCGACACCGCCGUCGCCGUCGUUUCAAGUUCUCGGAGUUUCGAAAUCCGGCAAGUUGAAUCACAAAAAACAGGUGGAUUCGAGUUUCCGAAGAAUACCGCCAAGCACUUCGAAUCCUAUACAAAACAAGUCUAAUCCUCCAUUACAAGGAGAAAGGAGUAGAAGACAACAAUUACCAAGAUCUCUAAAACACUAGUUUUGUCUUUUGGUUAUUAUAUUUUGUGUAGAGUUAUAUAGUUUUAAUAGCAAGAUGUAUUGUAUCAGAUUACAGUUUUUGCUAAGCUGCAAAUUUUUGUACUCGUAAGUUUAAAUUUUUUUUAAAGAAAUUAAGCUCGGUUUUUUAAUAA